AACACUCACCAUUUAUCUCCACCCGAUCUCCAAGAAAAAUAAACACACUACUAAUUCUUAGUCUUUGUUAGAACAUUUCCGCUACAAACAAAUGGCUCCAAGAACCUCUCUUUCACUCUUCCUUGCUGUCAACCUCCUCUUCUUCACUUACACUUCUGCUACAUGCUACAAGUGCAUCCCCACGCCAGCGACCCCAAGCACCCCAAGCACCCCAAGCACCCCAAGCACCCCAAGCACAGGCUCUUGUCCUAAAGAUUCCCUACAGCUAGGUGUUUGCGCUAAUGUGCUCAAUCUAGUGAACCUAAAAUUGGGAAACCCACCCGUAAAGCCAUGCUGCUCUCUCAUUGCAGGCUUGGCUGACCUUGAGGCUGCGGUCUGUCUCUGUACCAUGCUCAAAGCUAGCAUUCUUGGCAUCAACCUUAACCUUCCCAUCAAUCUGAGCGUACUCCUUAAUGUUUGUAGUAGAAAUGCUCCAAAGAAUUUCCUAUGCGCAUAAGUUGAAUACUUAUCUAAAGCCAACCUUAAGAAAAAAAUCAUAAGGUUUACGAAUGCUUGAACUUAUUACCUUGUCUUCUUGUGGUUUUUUAAUUGGUGAUUAUUUUCUGUUGUACGUAUUUCUCUUGGAUUGUUUUAAACGGUGAAUGUAACGUUCACAUGCAAUAAUAUGGAUUAUGUAUGGGUUUGUGUGUGUUAUCUGCAAGUUUAUACUUCUUUUGCUUCAUUGUUCAUCCAUAUCUGUUGUAUUUGUUUCUUUUGCAUUUGAUUAAUAAAAGUACCAAUCGAUGUUGUUGUC